UGUGUCCAGAUUUCAUUGUCUGCUAGGCUAUUGCCCCUUUACUGUUUUCAUGCUGUUUUGUUUCAUCAUCGACAAGAACGAAAAACAAAUUACAAAAGUCACAAUUGAGUGUGUUAAUAAUCACUAAAUCAAUAUGCCUCCAGCUGAAUAUUCCAAGUUUUCGCUCAUUGAAUUGUCUGUGCUGGCAAUCAGUGACAUUAUCCAAGAACUAUUAAAAGCCCAUGAGAGUGGAAAAGAUCUGAACCUUAAUAAGAUCAAGACACAGAUUUCUUCCAAGUAUGGUUUGCCAUCUACACCAAAGUUGGUUGACAUCAUCGCUGCAGUACCCCUUGAACACAGGAAAAUUUUGGUUCCCAAACUGAAAGCCAAACCAAUUCGAACAGCUAGUGGGAUUGCUGUUGUCGCUGUUAUGUGUAAGCCUCACCGAUGUCCUCACAUUAAUAUGACUGGAAACAUAUGUGUGUACUGUCCUGGAGGACCUGAUUCAGACUUUGAAUAUUCUACUCAAUCCUACACUGGUUACGAGCCAACCUCUAUGCGUGCCAUCAGAGCCAGGUACAACCCGUAUCUUCAAACACGACAAAGAGUUGAACAGCUGAAGCAGCUUGGCCAUAGUGUGGACAAGGUAGAGUUCAUAGUAAUGGGAGGAACUUUCAUGUCGCUUCCGGAAGAUUACAGGGAUUAUUUCAUCAGAAACUUGCAUGACGCUCUAUCCGGUCAUACCAGCAGUGAUGUGAAUCAGGCUGUGGAAUACUCUGAAAGAAGCCUGACCAAAUGCAUCGGAAUCACGAUCGAAACACGACCCGAUUACUGUUUGAAACGACACCAGUCUGAUAUGUUGAAAUAUGGCUGCACGCGAUUGGAAAUUGGGGUUCAGUCGGUUUACGAAGACAUAGCGCGAGACACAAAUCGAGGCCACACCGUUAAGGCUGUGUGUGAAAGCUUUCAUUUGGGAAAAGAUUCUGGUUUCAAAAUUGUUUCUCACAUGAUGCCAGAUUUGCCAAACAUCGGUUUAGAAAGAGAUAUUGAUCAAUUCAUUGAAUUUUUUGAGAAUCCUCUGUUUAGAGCUGAUGGAUUAAAAAUUUAUCCUACACUGGUUAUUCGAGGAACUGGUCUGUACGAGCUCUGGAAAACAGGCCGUUACCGAUCCUAUCAUCCGAAUGUUUUAGUCGAUCUUGUAGCAAAAAUUUUGGCAUUGGUACCCCCGUGGACCCGAAUUUACCGAGUACAGAGAGAUAUUCCUAUGCCACUUGUAAGCUCUGGAGUAGAAAACGGUAACCUUCGCGAAUUGGCAUUAGCGAGAAUGGUCGAAUUUGGAAUCGAUUGCAGAGAUGUCAGGACCAGAGAAGUAGGAAUUCAAGAAGUGCAUCAUAAAGUCCGUCCUUAUGAAGUCGAAUUGAUUCGUCGAGACUACGUCGCUAAUGGUGGAUGGGAGACGUUCCUUUCGUAUGAAGAUCCAGAAAAAGACAUUUUGAUCGGUUUGCUACGACUACGCAAGUGUUCGCCACAAGCUUUCCGCCCAGAGUUACAAGGAGGAGUAUCAAUUGUUCGAGAGCUACACGUUUAUGGCAGUGUUGUACCGGUUAGUGGCAGAGACCCGAGAAAAUUUCAACACCAGGGUUUCGGAACACUUUUGAUGGAGGAAGCGGCACGCAUAUCCAAAGAAGAGCACAAGUCCUUCAAAAUUGCCGUCAUCUCUGGAGUUGGGACUCGAAAUUAUUACCGAAAAUUGGGUUACGAACUUGAAGGCCCUUACAUGACGAAAUUGCUGAAAUAGGUCAUUUAUCCUGAUAUCUUUGUGUAAAAAAAAAAGAAUACAUGAUUUUGGAAAUAUAUUUUUUUUUCUUUACUA